UCCCAACAAUCAGCAAUCAUCGCAUUCUUCACAUCAUAUCGUUGCGUAAUUCAAACAACAACAUGAAGUCGUCAUCGCUGCUCUCGGCCGUCAUGCUGACCACCUUGUUCUUCCUGUGCUCUGCUGUGUUCUUCACCAAUGUUCGUCCCCAAGAUCUGCCAAACGAUGAGACAAAGGCAAAUGGGACUGGAACGCCACUGUCAAAUACGACCGGACCGCCAUCGAAUGGAUCUCAAUCGACCACAAAUGCGACCUUGGAUGAACAUCUGCAAGAGGAAAACAAGGGCAAAACUCGUCAGCCUGAUCCAAUGUUCCGUGCAAUGUUCCCACAGGGAGACGGUCCGCGAGAGCUCUUAGACAAAAAGAUAAAGGAUUAUAGCGACAAGGUGGAGCAUGUGCAAGCGUCUAGUCUGAUCAACGAUGUUGCUACUGCCAAGAGCUCCGAGCCUGUAGGAACUGGGCCAACUGGCAAGACGAUGUCUCUGAUCACAGGUUCUUCGAGCUCCACGAAGCAGCCUUCGGUUGCUACCCCUGAUCCACCUGUUGCCGUGAAACAGCCUCGACCUCUGGGCUUACGAUAUACUUUUCUCGGUGCUAGUGGCGUCUUGUUGUUCUUGAUUUGCAUGCUUCUCUGCUACGAGCAAUGUUGCCAGUCGCCGCACUAUUGAUGAGAGGAGUUGUCGCUGCCCGGAGGAUGUUCGGAUGUUGUAGAUAUGUUCAUAAAUAUAUAUUUGCUUCCUAUACCCUAUCACACUGUAUUGGCCUAUUGUGUGUAUUUGGCAUUUGUGCCCAUAUAUAAAUCUCUGUA